CCUCAUAAAUUGAGUAACGGGGGUGCUCUUACUACUUGGUCUCUGUCUCUUUCUCUAUUGUAACUUUAGAAGUUUCCUUAUCCUCUCUUGAAAAAUGCAAGAUAUUCAUGAUUACUCGAUGACCGGAGAAGGCGGAGAUCGGAGGAUGAGAGUGCAUCAGAACAAUAUCCUUAACCAUCACCAAUCUCUCAAGUGUCCUCGUUGCAACUCUCUCAACACAAAGUUCUGUUACUACAACAACUACAAUCACUCUCAGCCUCGACACUUUUGCAAAAACUGCCGUCGUUACUGGACCAAAGGCGGCGUCCUCCGUAACGUUCCCGUCGGAGGUGGUUGCCGUAAAGCCAAACGUUCCAAGUCUAAGCAGCCUCCGUCAUCAUCGUCAACUUCCACCGCCGACAAACCAACGGCACAAGACGGGGAGGAGAAACCAAGCAGCAGCGAGAGCUCUUCUCUCCCCGCCUCUACCUCCACGGCUACAGCCGCCACCGCCGCUGCAGCAAAAGGCGUUAUGGGCGCUGAUAUGCAUAAUCUUAAACUCUACGGAAACGGGAUAGAAUGGUCUACGUUGCUCGGACAAGGUUCAUCUGACGGUGGAGUUUUCUCGGAGAUGGGUGGUUUUACCGCGGCUUCGUCGAUUGCUACGACACCGUUUGGAUUCGGAGGUAAUACUGUACAGCAGCAGUUUGAGGAUCGAACGGCUCAGGUUGAUCCCACUAUGGAAUUUGAACCGUUGGAUUGGGGAAGUAGUGGAGCUGAUCAAACACUCUUUGAUCUAACCAGUACCGCUGAUAAUGCAUACUGGAGUCACCAAGAUCAGACAGAUCUUUACCUUCCUCAAUUCUGACAGCUUCUCUUCUUUUUGAUCCACAAAUAUAUUACACACAUAAUGUAAAGUGGUAAAGUUUUUGAAGUAUUUUUAUGGGUUUGAAAACGGGUUUUGUUAUACAAUAUAUGUGACUGGAUAUCUUUCUUUUUUUUUUUGAGUGAGGGAUAUCUUGUUCUUCACCAGUUACAAAAAAAAAAAAAAAAAAAAUCUUGUUCUUC